UACUGUUUUUCCUCCUGACAAAUACACUUAAACCUGAAUGUCAAGACGUGGCCAAAGAGCUGAUUAACUAUUAUGACAACUACACGGACGCAGUGUGUCACAUUGUGAGUAGCUGAUGAAAGAAACAGCGUGACACACACGGUGACAGAUGGGAUUGGGGGAGAAGUCACGACACGCUGCUGCAUGGUUCAUGUCAGCAAGCCGCCGGCUAACAAUAACUAAAACUCACACUGUAAUACACAAACUGGACAUUAACAACUACAAAACAUCCACAAAAUCAAACGUUAAGAUAGUCAGGACAAUAAACAGCUUUUUCGCGCCAUCAAAACAAACCUUUUCACUGCUCUAUGAUAUCCAUUUAAUUAAACAUGACCCGAGGGGAAUCACCAUGCAUCGCUGAUUGCUCCGCAGACUGCCCCGCAGCCUCUCAGCUGAAGCAAGGAGGAAACAAGCAGCAGCAUGGCUGUGGAGAUGGAUUCAGAAGCAACAAUUAUGGGAACUCAAGGAUUAUACCAACUUCUUUAACCUUGAAGGAAAGGUCAAUCAUGGAGGACUACUUUUUGACAUCUUUUUUAAAGAAUUACACAGUAUGUUCGUUCAGCUGUGCAGAUUUAGUCUAAGUUGGAGUUUUUUUAUAUCACAUUUUCUCCUGUGGAUCUUGGAUCAGUUUAUUUUUCACUUGAAACCAGUUUCAUUCAAUUUUAGGGAUGUUGUGUACAGCUUUGUAAGUUACCUGCUUCAGAGGGGAUCAGCUUCUCUAUUGUAUCAUCCAGUGUGGACCAGCAGGUGCUAAAAAGUCCAGUUCCCCACUACACUUGUCCCCCAACUCCUAGGCUGCACGUCUUCCAUCCUGACAUCAGACCCCAGAUCUCCUCCUGCCUGGAUGACUAAAGGAAGAGUUGCCAGACACGUAGCAUGGCUCGUUCCUCUCACUCCCCUGGCUGGAGGGAGAUGACAAAUGGAGGGGGGCACCCCCACCUCAACAAUGGAGGCCAGACAGAGGGGUCCCACAGCACCACACGCUACAUGCUGAAGAAGCAGCACCGCCACAGACGCAGAUCCUCCUCACCGAUGGGCAGGGUGAUCCUGAUCAACGCACCUGUUGAUGGUGGGGAUGACUGCGAAGACAUUCACACAGUGACAGUAGAUAAGAGUCCAGAUGGGCGUCUGGGCUUCAGUGUCCGCGGAGGCUCUGAACAUGGACUCGGCGUAUUUGUCAGCAAGGUGGAGGAUGACAGCUCUGCAGCGCAGGCUGGGCUGACUGUGGGCGAUAAGCUGGUGGAGGUGAACGGGGUCAGUCUGGAGAGCAUCACCAUGAGCAGCGCUGUGAAGGUCCUGACAGGCAACAACAGGCUGAGGAUGGUGGUGAGACGAGUGGGCAAAAUCCCCGGCAUCCGCUACUCCAAGGAGAAGACCACAUGGGUGGAUCUGAUUCACCGGCGGAUGGUGGUGGAGGAGAGCGGUCACACGCCAUCAGAGGCCAGUUCAGACAGCGCUCUCCGCAGGAUCGUACAUCUCUUCACCACAUCAGAUGACUACUGUUUGGGCUUCAACAUCAGAGGAGGCAAAGAGUUCGGACUGGGAAUUUAUGUCUCCAAGUUGGACCCAGGUGGGCUUGCAGAGCUGCACGGUAUCAAAAUGGGGGAUCAGAUCCUUGCAGCCAACGGGGUCAGCUUUGAUGACAUCACGCACAGCAAUGCAGUUGAGGUCCUGAAGAGCCACACCCAUGUCAUGUUGACCAUAAGGGAAGCUGGAAGAUACCCUGCAUACAAGGAGAUGGUGGCAGAAUAUGGUUGGCUCAAAAAAUUGGCCAAUGGAGGCCCUGCACCAUCCUCCCAGGGUUCAGAAUCUAACUCCUCUGCCUCCUCGUUGUCCUCCGGCACCCCUCUCAGCUCCCUCAGUGGUCUCUCCCAGGUCCUUUUCCCUCCUGUCUUUGGCUCUGAGAUGGUAGAUGUAGCCAUCUCCACAGAGGAGCGCUCCCGACGUUCAAGCAGCGCAGAAAGAACUGCUGACACUGCCAUACAGACUGACCCCCACCCUCCAAACUACCUGGAACACCGCUCGCCAGAUGUCUCGUACCCUGAUAGGCUGGUCACCCCAGAAACCAGUCGGACUGUAGGUGCCACAGUGCUGCUGAAAGACACACUCAUACGUGGGAAAGGGGAAGGGCCGAGGGACAUGCGUGGAGCUGGGGACGGUGAAGCUGGGGACGGUGGGCAGGGACGGAUGAGGACGCUGUCAUCAGGGGACCAGGAAGUAGUGAAACACUCACCUAAGACGGCGGCGUUGAUGGCCCUGAGCAGACCGCGGAAGCCAAUCAGACGUUCCCAGAGCCAUAUCACUGUGUCAGAAGACAGGCAGAAGAAGAAGAGACAACAGAAAGAGAAGAGCACAAAAGAGGGUAAAUCCGGCCUGCAGCGCUCCAAAACCCUUGUUAACCUGCUAUUUAAAAAAGACCGUAAAGAAAAGAGUCGCUCCAAGUCACCGUCCCACCAUGCUGACAGAGAUAAGGACAGGGGUCGUUCCUUCCAGCUCUUGACCUCCCCCAGAGAAUCCCGUGCAGGAGUUAAAGACGGCAGCCCACAGCACCGACCUGAGACCCUGCAGCACGUGGAAGACAUGGCAAAGAAGCUGCUCAGCCAGGAUGAGGUGGCCGCUGUGAUGAGACACUGUUGGCGGUUUUUGUCCGACAAUGUGAUCGAGGAUUUAGUGCGCCCCCUUUUGGCAAUCUUGGACCGUCCAGAAAAGCUGCUACUUCUCAGAGAAAUAAGAAUGCUGAUACCUACGACGGAGUUGGGUCGUUUUGACAGCAUGGUCAUGCCCUUUGAGCUGGAGGCGUACGAUAUUCUGAAAAGUCGCUCAGUGCGUUCUCCAGCUCUGCGCUCUCCUCGCAGUGGAACCCCUCGACGCCACCUCAUAACUCCGAUCCCAGACUACAGGGGUGGAUUCCUCCUGCAGCCGGUCCAGGACACAAUGAGGGAGCGUCAGUUGAUUGAGGAGUUGGAGAGACUGCGUUUGUCCGGCCAACAGUCAGGCCAUCUGCCUCCAUCCCGUGCCUUCACCCCCCUUCUGGAUGUACCUGUGGACAGCUACGCCUCCUCCACUGUGCGCUCCCGCUCCUUGAGCCCCUCACCCACCCACAGCUUCCUUCUCACAGAAUCCCCACAGAGCACCCAACGUGGGCGCCAACACAAUCGCUCCCUGAACAGGAGAGAGAACGGGGUGUCGCGGUAUGACGAGAUCUCCUUGUUGUCUGUGUCUGACCGAGGAGAUGUGACUCCUGAACAAGGGAGGUCACCUGUGAGGAACGGACGUGGGAGACCGAGGAGGGAGGUGAGUCCUGAGAGUGUCGAUGGCAGAUGGAUUAGGCAAGAGGGCUACACAGAAGUCAGCGUACGGGUUCCUUCACAGAGGCGAGCAAGAACCCCUCUGGCUGAUGUAUUUGAGCCCCCGAGAGAGAAGAGCCCCUCCACAAGUAGAGGGAGCAGUCAGCCGGUAAAUGGACAUUCACAAAAUGGUCACGGUGUGAAAAGAACAGCAACUCUGCCACCAGAGGGCUAUGAAAUCACCACUUUGACCAUCUCCAAAGCCAAGCAGUCACUGGGUAUUAGUAUCUCUGGAGGUAUGGAGUCUCGAGUCCAGCCCAUGAUAAAGAUCGAGAAGAUCUUCCCUGGAGGAGCUGCAUCAACAAAUGAGGCUCUGAAGGCAGGCUACGAGCUGCUGUCUGUGGAUGGCGAGAGUCUGCAGGGGGUGACUCAUCAGCACGCUGUGGACGUAAUUCGCCGUGCAUUCAGCAACAAGGCCAAAGACCCGAUGGUUUUUGUGGUCAAGGUCCCUUGGGUCCCAAUCAGCCCCAGGAGACCUGCUGACUAACCUCUGUGUGCCUCACAGCAAGACUGCAACUCAGGCGUGAAGGACGCCAAAACCUGCAAGUCCUGCAGGUGUGAAUAAACUACACUCCAAAAGAGGAACUGUGAGACAGGUGGAGCUGCGGUCAUAGUGAAAAGGAAUGGAUACGCAAAAGCAUUAAUCCUGAAUGAAAGGCAGAGGUUGUGACGAGAAGUACCAGGAAAUGUGUCAGAGAGAAAGGUGAACAAGAUGAAGCAGGUUUUUACUCUCAGCCGAAUGAAGAUUGUUAUAAAUCACUUUUGCUAUGAUAAAAAUGUAAUAUACUACGUUGAAGUAGAAAUGUUGCAAAUGUACAACUUUUAUAACAUUCUUAGUGUUUUUAGCAAUCGUUUUAUUAAAUGCAUACAUGGCAACUUAAGUGGACAAAAAGUAAGUAAUACUGUACGUCUUUUAUGAUAAGAUCAUGUCGUUCAUGACCUCCUCCUUGGUUGAAAUUGUGCCACUGUUUAACACGUGGCAACCUUGCCAUGACCUCUGAACAAUGUCUGAUUGUGGAGCCAGUGGUCUGUACUUUUAAGUUGGAGCAUCUCAGUCCACCAGCCCUGCAGGCCUGCCAGAGGGAGAUUACCCCAGCCUGCGUUAUGAGAUUUAUAGAUUUAUACCCAGAUUAAAGCCCUGUAUUAUGUCAAAACUGAUAGUUUGGGUUUAGUGGAUGUCUGGGGGGGAUUAUUACAAAUUGCUGCUCAGUAUUUUUGUGCUGUAUUUUUCUGGCAGAAGUGCUUGUGCUCUGGAGCAAUCCGCCACUUUAGAGGCUUAAUUACACCACGCUGUGGACUGAGCUUAUGCAGACAUGUGGAGGGGUUGGAAAAACAUGUCAAUGAGAAAUGCGGGACAUGGAGGCCAAUGGCACAGUUUAAAUCACAGUAGGGUAGAGGAGAUACGGGCAGCAAGGUAACUGGAAUAUAGUGUGCAUAGUGCCUUACUUCAGCAGACAGCCACUGGGAAAACAUUGAUAAAAUGUUACACAGACUUGGUUUUAAUAAGUGCUAGAAAAGCUGAAGGUGAAAUGUUGACAUGCAAUUAAAUUUAAAGAUGAAACUGA